GACAGUUCGUCAACCAAGAGAGAGGGCCGGUGGGAGAGCCAGAAGAAACUCGCUCUUCGCAUUGCCCAAAUUACCACCAAGCUUCUUCCUGAGGGCGAGGGUGUUGCAUUGCGCUUCAUCGACCAGGACGUCGGUGCGAACAAUUCUUCCAACUUGGAUCUCAGGUCUCUCGGUGGCAUUCUGAACUCCAUGAGCCCAAACGGCGAUACUGCCAUCGGGAUCAAUCUAAGAUCGAAAAUCCUUCAGCCACUGGUCUACGAUAAACUCGCAACCAAAACUCUGAAGAGACCGCUCCUUGUUUCUAUAAUCACCGAAGGUGAUCCUUCGGGCGAAGACAAGGACGAGUUGGCAAACGCAAUAGUGGAAUGUGGAAAUAGGUUGGUGGAGGCCAGGUAUCCUCGCGACAGUAAGUGGAAAUGUUACCCUGGUUCUUGUCUUACUGAUCGUACUAAUGACAGUAACAGCAGGAUGGAAGAAGCUAUUCAAGCCCUCGAGAAACAACAGAUAACUGUGUUUAGGCCCGCAAGUCCCGAGUACAGACACGCGAUUGCCAGCUCGAACCUUUUGCGCCGUUUUUCGAGGCCUGCCUGCGUCGUCCGACCCAAGUCAGCCACCGAAGUCCAGGCGGUCAUCAGCCAAGCGCGCGAGAAGAAGCUCAAGGUGACAGUCAAGUGCAAUGGCCAUUCUUACGCCGGUCACUCGACAGCUGUCGAGGGCAUUUCUCUCGACUUGCGGGACAUGAAAAAUGCAUCGUUAGAUAUGGACUCCAAGAUCGUCACCAUGGACGCUGGAUGCCGGUGGGGCAUGGUGUAUGAGACGUUAGUCAUUGGGAAACACGACGGGUUUAUCAUCAACGGGGGGAGAUGCCCGACUGUGGGUGUGAGUGGUUUCAUCCUCGGUGGUGGGCUUGGUCCGUUUACCCGAAGCUUCGGGAUGGGGUGUGACACGCUUGUGGAGGCGAAGGUUGUAACAGCUGAUGGGAGGUUGAUCACGGUCAGAGAGACGUCCAAGAAGGGGUCCCCGGAGGAGAGGCUGUUUUGGGCUCUCCAAGGCGCUGGCGCUGCCUGCUUUGGUGUUGUGGUGCGGAUGAAGCUCAGGGUUCGGAAGCUGAGCAGCUUGAACGGAUUUGUAGUGGCUGGGAGAUACCAGUGGUUUCCCACAGGCGGGAUUACUUAUGACGUCGUGAAGGUAAUGAACGCAUUCUACCUGACAAACUGGCCGGAUAAGAUGACGAUUGACUCGACUUGGAUAUGCGACCUCAGACAGUCAAACAAGGGCGGGGUCAGAUUCAAUAUCUCUUUCAACGGCAGCAAGAGUGAAUACGACAGGACCAUCGAGAAGCUGCUUCAAUCGACACGGUAUCUGUACGAAACCCUCGCAAGUCAGUGGUUGGAGGAAAUGGAGCGAGCGUAUCCACAGAACAAGACGUACGAGCUGUACAGCUCCUUUGUUUUCGGAAAUGAUGACAAGGGCACCAUAGAGAAGGUUUCUGACACCAUUAUACGGUUGAUGUUGAUGGCGAGUUUCCGCAAAGAGUUUGACGGAGAACAGGUCAACUUCCUCGUCAUAUGGAUUCACUCGGGAGGCAAAGCAACAAAGAGGAAACCGACCGAUUCCGCCUUCUUCUGGCGGAAAGCAGUGUGCCACGCCUAUGUUACGAUCGAGUGGGUAGACAAGUGGAUGGAGUUGGAUAUGAGGCGUUUCUUGGCCAGAGUGAAGAAGGAGCUUCGGACGCUGUCGUAUAAUGGGACGGCGGCAUUCAUCAACUUUCCUGACCGAGACUUCCCCACAAAAUUCCACGAGCGGGCAUAA